CCAGUGGAGUCUGUAGCAGCGUUCUGCAAUUUUAAUCAAUUCUCAGCUGGCUUGGCUAUGGAAGCAGACGAAGUGACUAGAGUCUUGGACUUGUCCGAUCCAGGUCCCACCGGAGACGAGGGCAGGCGGAGAAUAUGCAGCAGAGGGUGCGAGAGGCCAAUAAACGUGUGCCUCUGCGACACAAUUCCAAGUGAAGCCAUCUCAACCGCCACCCAAGUGGUGGUCCUCCAGCACCCACACGAGCACCGCCACAAGCUGGCCACCGUCCCUCUCCUCUCCAAAUGCCUCCUCAACUUCCAAAUCCUAAUUGGCCGCCGACUACGCCUCGGCCACUCGCCUCUCCUCGAUUCUCUCUACAAUGCCGCCAUUCAAAACCCUAAUCAACCAUUUCGCGCCAUCUAUCUCUUCCCAGGUAUAGAUUCAUCACCUGCAGUUGAAAUUAGCAAGUGGCGAUCUUCGUUAAAUGAUUCGUACAUAGGAAAUUAUGUUUUGAUUGCUUUUGAUGGGACCUGGAAGCAUGCUAGGGAGAUGUUACAUGCAAGUUUACCAUUUUUAUCAAAGUUUGCCAUUCGGGUUUGUUUAGACUAUGAUGUUAGGAUAGAUGGUGGGACAAUAUUCGAUUCGGAUUUGAUUCUUAGGAAGGAACCCUUUAGCGGAUGCAUGAGUACAAUGGAGGCUGUUGCACGAGUGUUGCAUGUUCUAGAGCCUAAUGGGGUUGAGAUUGAGGACAGGUUGGUGGAGGUUCUAAAAGCUAUGGUUAGGUUCCAAGCUUGUCACUUAAAACCUAUUAAUCCAAGGCCUAAGUUGUUGAAGAGGGGUAAGAAGGAUGAGAAGAAUAAUUAGUGAACUGUGUUGUGCAGUUUGUGAUUUUGAAUUCAAUACUAAAUUUUAUUAUUUUCUUUCAAUGCUUGGAACAUUAUCAUGCCCUGUGAUAGAAGUAAUUUCAUUUUUGGCUUUUCUUAUUGAAAUUGGCUUGUGGCCCCACAAUGUUUACUGAUAAAUCUGUUCUGUCAAUUUUUGGAAUGUCAUCAAUUUUGAUUCCACUCA